AUGUAGCGGAGCCACAGCGAGGCUGACACCUGCCCAAGCUUGGCGCGGACAGCCCAGCCCAGACGAGUGGCCCGCCCAGGCGCCCCUCGGCCACCCUCACCAUGUCCAAGAAGGGCUCGGGCGGCCGAGGCAAAGGGGACAAGGCCGAAGUCCUCGCCGCGCUGCAGGCUGCCAAUGAGGAGCUGCGGGCCAAGCUCACCGAGAUCCAGAUAGAGCUGCAGCAGGAGAAGAGCAAGGUCAGCAGGGUGGAGAGGGAGAAGAACCAGGAGCUGAAGCAGGUGCGGGAGCACGAGCAGCACAAGAACGCCGUGCUGCUCACGGAGCUCAAGACCAAGCUGCACGAGGAGAAGAUGAAGGAGCUGCAGGCCGUGCGCGAGGCGCUGCUGCGGCAGCACGAGGCCGAGCUGCUGCGGGUCAUCAAGAUCAAGGACAACGAGAACCAGCGGCUGCAGGCGCUGCUGCACGGCCUGCGCGACGGCGGCCCCGACAAGGUCAAGACCGUGCUGCUGUCUGAGGCGAAGGAGGAGGCCAAGAAGGGCUUCGAGGUGGAGAAGAUAAAAAUGCAGCAGGAGAUCUCGGAGCUCAAGGGCGCCAAGAAGCAGGUGGAGGAGGCGCUGACGCUGGCGAUCCAGGCCGACAAGGUCAAGGCCGCGGAAAUCAGGAGCGUGUACCACCUGCACCAGGAGGAGAUCUCGCGCAUCAAGAAGGAGUGCGAGCGGGAGAUCCGCAGGCUGAUGGAGGAGAUAAAAUUUAAAGACAGAGCAGUCUUCGUGCUGGAGAGAGAGUUAGGGGUUCAAGCCGGGCAUGCUCAGAGACUGCAGCUCCAAAAAGAGGCUUUAGAUGAGCAGCUGUCCCAGGUCAAAGAGGCUGAUCGGCACCUGGGCAGCCCCAGACGGGAACUUCCUUAUGCAAGCGGUGCAGGAGACGCCUCAGACCACUCGGGAAGCCCUGAACAGCAGUUGGAUGAAAAGGAUGCUCGGCGCUUCCAACUUAAAAUUGCAGAGUUAAGUGCAAUCAUCCGGAAACUUGAGGACCGAAAUGCCUUGCUGUCGGAAGAAAGGAAUGAACUGCUAAAGCGUUUAAGAGAAGCUGAAAGUCAGUACAAGCCAUUGCUGGACAAAAACAAGCGCCUUACUCGGAAAAAUGAAGACCUGUCCCACACUUUACGUCGAAUGGAAAACAAGUUAAAAUUUGUCACCCAGGAGAACAUAGAAAUGAGACAGAGAGCGGGAAUCAUAAGGAGACCCAGUUCCUUGAAUGACCUGGAUCAGAGUCAAGAUGAAAGAGAAGUCGACUUCCUGAAGCUGCAGAUUGUGGAGCAGCAGAGCCUCAUAGACGAGCUCUCCAAGACCCUGGAAACCGCCGGCUACGUGAAGAGCGUGUUAGAGCGUGAUAAGCUUUUAAGAUAUCGGAAACAAAGAAAGAAAAUGGCGAAACUCCCCAAGCCGGUUGUUGUGGAGACCUUCUUUGGAUAUGAUGAAGAGGCUUCCCUGGAAUCCGACGGUUCUUCCAUCUCUUACCAAACGGACAGGACGGACCAGACCCCGUGCACCCCAGAGGAUGACCUGGAGGAGGGCGUGGCCAAGGAGGAGACGGAGCUGAGGUUCCGGCAGCUGACCAUGGAGUACCAGGCCCUGCAGCGAGCCUACGCCUUGCUGCAGGAGCAGGUCGGAGGGACGCUGGACGCAGAGCGAGAAGUUAAGACCCGUGAGCAGCUACAAGCAGAAGUGCAGCGGGCGCAGACGCGGAUAGAAGACCUUGAGAAGGCGCUGGCCGAGCAGGGGCAGGAUAUGAAGUGGAUUGAAGAGAAGCAAGCACUGUAUCGGAGAAACCAAGAGCUCGUCGAGAAGAUUAAGCAAAUGGAGACGGAAGAGGCUCGGCUAAAACACGAGGUCCAGGAUGCAAAAGACCAAAACGAGCUGCUGGAAUUCCGGAUCCUGGAGCUGGAGGAGAGGGAGAGGAAGUCGCCCGCCAUCAACUUCCACCACACGCCCUUCGUGGACGGCAAGAGCCCGCUCCAGGCGUACUGUGAGGCGGAAGGCGUGACGGACAUCCUGGUCACAGAGCUGAUGAAGAAGCUCGACAUCCUGGGGGAUAACGCCAAUCUGACCAAUGAGGAGCAAGUGGUCGUCAUACAAGCCAGGACAGUCCUGACCUUGGCCGAAAAGUGGCUCCAGCAGAUCGAAGAGACGGAGUCAGCUCUGCAGCGGAAGAUGGUCGAUCUGGAGAGUGAGAAGGAGCUGUUCAGUAAACAGAAAGGCUACCUGGAUGAGGAGCUGGACUACAGAAAGCAGGCCCUGGACCAAGCUCACAAGCACAUCCUGGAGCUGGAAGCCAUGCUGUACGAUGCGCUGCAGCAGGAGGUGGGGGCCAAAGUGGCCGAGAUGCUGUCGGAGGAGGAGCGUGAGAAGCUCAAGGUGGCCGUGGAGCAGUGGAAGCGCCAGGUCAUGAGCGAGCUGCGCGAGCGGGACGCCCAGAUCCUGCGGGAGCGCAUGGAGCUGCUGCAGCUGGCGCAGCAGAGAAUUAAAGAGUUAGAAGAAAGAAUAGAAGCUCAGAAGAGACAAAUAAAGGAACUGGAGGAAAAGCCUUCAUUCUGUGGUCAUAGCUCUCCUGGACACCUGGACGUGCCCCCAGAACAGCCGGACCCCAUCCCUCCAGCUGGACCAGAGAGCAGUGGGUGCCCAGGCAGCAAAACGAGGUACCCCGUCUCAUCCCUGAAGACCCAAGAGGAUCUGGUCUCUGCGGACCCCCUCCCGUCGAGGAAGAGGGAGAAAGGGGGGCUUUGAGGGUCUCUGAGCGGACAACUGUCCAUGUCGUUG